GGUGAACGCGGCUCUAGCCAUCCGUCCCAAACGGGCUAGCGUAGGGUUACGCCCGCACACUCCCUCCGCUCCAAAAUAUUGUCAAGCAGAACAUCUUGUUGUCUUCGAAUCUCGCAUCGGUGCAAAAGUCAACUUUCGACAACGGUAUCCAUUUCCACCAGCAGCCAUGGGUAUCGAUUUGGACCGUCACCAUGUCCGGGACUCCCACCGCAAGGCGCCCAAGAGCGAGAAUGUCUAUCUUUUGCUUCUCGUGAAGCUCUACCGCUUCCUUGCCCGCCGUACCGACUCCAACUUCAACAAAGUCGUCCUACGCCGUCUCUUUAUGUCGCGCGUCAACCGUCCUCCCGUAUCCCUCUCUCGAAUCGUAGCUGCCGUAGGAACCAAGGAAACCGCUGAGGCAAACAAGGGAAAGACCAUUGUUGUUGUUGGUACCGUCACUGAUGACAACCGCCUCCUGAACCUCCCAAAGAUGUCAGUCGCAGCUCUCAGAUUCAGUGCUACCGCCAGAGCUAGAAUCGAGAAAGCCGGUGGGGAGACCUUGACUCUCGAUCAACUCGCGCUUAGAGCCCCAACUGGUGCCAACACGUUGCUGCUGCGGGGUCCCAAGAAUGCCAGAGAAUCCUUCAAACAUUUCGGAUUCGGCCCACACAGUGGAAAGAAACCAAGAGUCGAAAGCAAAGGUCGGAAAUUCGAACGGGCUCGUGGUCGGAGACGGUCUCGUGGCUUCAAGGUUUAAGGUGUUUUUCUAUGGGUUCUUGUUUGGGUUCAGCAAAAUAUGUGAGGCGGUCUUGCGAUAUUGGCCACUAUAGGUUUCUAGUCAGAUUGAACAAGCCCAUCAUGAGUGAUGUUUCACAACUUUUUUACCUCCCUGGAGCUCCUGAACCUUUUGUUUGUCCUUUUCUCAGCCUCGUAUUUUAUUACGUCCAAUUUCAACCGGAUUUUUUCUCUGUUCACCGAAAAGAAAGGAAAAGCGAUGCAGCAGUAACAAAAGAGUGUCUUCCAGGUGAAGCGCAGGAAAGUCUCAAUCUAGUCCAGCCAACAGGAAGCAUGCGUAAUCAACAGGGCGGAUUAUUUUCAAGGACUCGCAAGGUUACAAGGGAAACAACAAGUUCUCAUUAAUUUAUAUCCUUCCUGCUUUUUGUUUGCUUUUUGUUUUGGGAGGAAUAUCGAUCAUAUGCUAUUGUAUCAGAUAUCUGAAAGAAUUGUUGCCCCCAAGAACCUAUAUGCUUAACUUCUGAUGUUUCCAGUUUUUUCCACCCUCACCUUCAAAGUAAUCGCCAGCAGCCUGACCAUUGCCGCGAACUAAAUAUUUGUAGAUAGUCAAGCCCUCCAAGCCUACCGGACCCCUCGAAUGAAUCUUGUUCGUACUAAUUCCAACCUCUGUCCCAAACCCAUAUCUCAUACCGUCGGCAAACCGAGUACUCGCGUUCCAAUAAACACCUGCGCUAUCGACACCAGCCAAGAAACGUUCUGCAAUAGGCCUCGAGGAGGUUAAAAUUGCAUCUGUGUGUUUCGACGAGUGUGUAUUAAUAUGGUCGAUGGCGGCGUCUACAGAGGUCCCCGUGGACGACGGUGAGAUUGUUUUGAUUGCGAGGGUAAGGUCUAAGAACUCAGUGCUGUAAUCAGCCUCGGUUGCGUCCUGCAAUAGUGCAGAUUGUUCCCCCGUAAGCUUUUCGAGGAGAGCCUGUUUCGAUAAAGCAUCGCAACGAAGGAUGAUGCCUUUUGAGAGCAGGGCUUCCACAAUGGGCGGUAGUAGAGUCGACACCGCAUCUCGGUCCACCAAAAGUGUUUCCACGGCGUUGCAUGCGGCGGGGUAGCCGGUUUUGGCAUCGAUUAUAACUUUCGUUGCCAUUGACAAGUCGGCGUCUGAGUGAAGAUAUAUCGAGCAGAUGCCAUCAGCAUGGCCGAGAACGGGAAUUUUGGUGUUAUCUUUCACGUAGCGAACGAGGUCAUUGGAUCCGCGAGGAAUGACGAGGUCGAUAUAUCUAUCCUGUGCAAGAAGGGGGAGGAUGGCAUCUCUCGUUUUAACGAGUUGGAUAGAAGCGUUCGGAACUUGCGACUGGGAUAUGGCUUCUGCAAUGACAUUGGAGAUGGUUACGAAGGAUUCAGUCGAUUCCUUGCCCCCUUCAGGUUGGAUUAGGUGUCAGAAGGAUAUCUCUCACGACAGGGUAUAGAGUGGUUUAAUGGAAUAGCAGUCAGUACCUUUCAGAAUAGCGGCAUUUCCGGACUUAAUUGAUAAAGCAGCGAUAUUUACAAUCACUUCUGGGCGUGCCUCAAAUAUUAUAAGCAAUACUCCGAUGGGACAUGUCACUCGUUCGAGAAUGAGGUCAUCGUCCAGAAGUGUUCGAAGAGUAACCUUCCCAACUGUCAAUUCGUUAGCACCGUUUAGAGGGCAGCGCGCCAGUACAAUGUGCGCAUGAGAUUGAGAAGAAUAAGUGAUUCAGAAAAGGAAUAUAGGGAUUAACCGGUGUGCG